AUGUCUAAUCACGGAAACACUACAGGAGUCAAUGAAGGACCCUCAUCCUUCGAGUCAGCCAGCACUGGAAGUUCUGUUGCCCACUCAACAUCUGAGACCCAUUCAAAGAACAACGCCAGCUCUUAUGAGACAUUCGCCGAUCUCCCUGUUCAUCGUCAAAUUGAUCUCGCUGACCGUUCUGGAUUUACCGUUAGACAAUUAACCAUUGCCAACGUGCCAGUUUGUUCCGAAGGAUGUGAAGCUGAAUUAAAAGUCUUAGCAGACUUGACAGCUUACAUUAGAAACUCAAACUUCAAAGCUAGUCCUCCCCCAUCUCAAAAAAUUGCUGAAAGUGAUAUCAUCAAAACUAAAUACACAAAGCUGAGCUAUGAUAACAAGGAAAAAAGUGGAAUGGACUAUUUGAAGAGCCGUUUACUUCUUAUUGAUUCUGGCAGUGGUCGUCAUAUUUGUGGUGAUGACAGACUGUUCAUUCAAGGAAGUAUAAGACCUACCAAUGUGAAUGUGAUUCUGGGUGAUGAUGUGACGAAGAUACAUGCAUCAAAAGCAGGUGAUAUCUGGUUAGAUAAGGAUAAUGGAGUGAUGUUGCGCAAUGUUCUGCUGAUUCCUGGGUUUGAGCAUAUCGUGGUUGCACCCAUUUACCUCACCAGAACCUCUGGUAAGGACGCUGCUAUAGUAACGUCAAAGGUUGCCAGAGAAAACAAGAUUUGCAGUGAUGCAGACUCAUCUAUGUGGCUAAUAACGGGAUUGCUUACGAACAAACCGCGGGCAAAAGUUUUCAGACCCGUUAUUGUUCAGGAUAUGUCAUAUGCGUAUCUUGAUGAGUCGUUUACUGAGCGUCAGUUUGAAGAUCCAGAGUUUAUGAAGAGGUACAUGGUUAGUUAUAAGAGCGUGGAAGACUUUGUUGCAAAAGAGGGUAUGCUUGAGACAGUCAAGUUUGCUCGGGUUUCACUUGCGACUGAACUGCGCCGUACUGAACGUGUUAUUUCUGACAUUAUGAGCAUUCAUGAUAUAGCGCAUAUCAAUUAUGGAGCUAUUAUUGAUGGGUUGAAGAAUGGGCUUUAUCAAGUGUCUUAUGAUUAUUCUAAAGACCCUAGUUUGCUGGAAGGUAUUUUACCAAUGUUGCCGCAUUGUACCACUUGUCAUAUGAGCAAGAUGAAAGAUGUGUAUCACCCAUUAAGUGCAAAAGUGGUGAAGAAGCCUGGUGAUCAGCUGUCUGCUGAUUUAAAGGUGAAGUUGCCGAAAGGUUUGUACGGUGAAGAAAACGCAUUGAUCAUUGUUGACAAGUUCUCGCACUAUGUUUGGACGUUUCCAUUGAAGCAGAAGAGCGCUGCAGUGUUAGAGAUUGGUUACUUGGUAAGUCUUCUGGAAAAUCAGUUGGGGUGGAAGCCAAAGGUUUUGCGUACUGACAAUGGUGGUGAAUUUACUUCAAACCAGUUUGAAGCUUUUCUGAAAGGAAAAGGGAUUAUUCAUCAGUACUCAGUUCCGUAUGUGCAUCAACAUAAUGGUAUUGCUGAGGCUAAUAUCAGAGUUGUUUUCUCUUAUGUGAGAGCUGCGCUUCAUGCGUGUGGUGGUCAUCAUGCGUUUUGGCCGUACUGCAUGCAGUAUGUAGCUUUUGCUAUGAACAAUCUGAUUCCUAGAGAUAUUCUCAUUUACUCUGUUGAUGUUAACGGUAAUGAGGUUGUUACGCGUAAAGUCAUGGUUGCAGAACAAGUAUUGAGUGGCAGAAGGGUAAGGACAGAUGCUUGUCCUCCUUUUGGUUGUGAUGCUUCUAUUUGGAUUCCAACAGAUCAGCGUAAGCCGGGUACAACGCUGGAACCACGUGCUGUUUCUGGUAUAUUUUUGGGACAUCCACAGGGCCGCCCUGGUGGCUUGUUCUUUUGCCCAAGCAGAAACCGUGUUGUGGUUGCUCAGUCGUUCAAGGUUUAUCGUGAGAGUUUCUCUCAGAUGGCGUUGUGCAAAAAUGGUACAUAUAAGUUGGAUGACCAUAUUGGGAAUUUUAUGGAUGAAGUUGAUUGUGAUGUGGUUUUUGAGCCUUAA